AUGCGUCCAAGAGAUCGCUACAACUUGUCAUCCAGCCUUGACCAGACCCUGGAAGAAGGCUUCGGGCCAUUUGAGGAUACGCUAGGCCAUGGCCAAACAUAUGGGUACGCAUCCAAAGAGCAUUCGGAAGAACUUCCCAGCGAUCUUGCCGGCGGUCAAGGCCCGUCAGAGAACAAUCAGAGACUCCCUCGAGGACCAUUCUCCCGAUGGGUGCGGUCUUUGCACAGACGGGCAGAGUGUCGCCCUUCGGUUUCCGGGAAAACUGGCGUAGGGGGCCAGCUUUUCGAAAUAACAGGCAUGCGAAAGACACCCUUUGCCCGCAGGUCUCGGCGGUUCGCGUCUUCAACCGGAUCUUCCUUUGGCUUCGUUGCGAAUAUGCGAAGUGCUAGUGUCAGCCUCGUCAGUGCAAGCAGCGCGGGACGGUUUGGGUCCAGAAAAGGAACACCAAUGUGGCCACAGGCAGACCGGAGCAGCAGAGCAUCUCUUUAUCUGAAUCGAACCUCUGAGGACAGCACACUACUGGAGCGAUCAGUCCAGGAAGACAAGGCAGCCGCGGAACGCGCCGUACAAAGACGCCUUAUCUUGGAGGAACUUAUCGCAACGGAGGAGAGUUAUGUCAGAGACCUCCGCUUCUUGAUCAACGUUUUCGUGACCAUGCUAGCCCCUCUGCCGAGCCAUGCCAGAGGUCUUCGGACAUCCUUCAGCCGAAACCUGAACGAGAUACUUGAGCUGCAUGAGGAAAUCCUCGGGGAACUCCAUCGAAGAAUUCCGUUUUCCGAAUAUUCUCACUGCAAUUCCGACCAACCCGCUUCCUUGCCAGGUGGCAGCACCCGCAGCGUUCACAAAGUGACUGGGCACAAGCGUUGGCGAAGCCUAGAUACGGUCCCAGAGAAUGGAGGCAGGUGCGCCCUCAUCCACAGAUCUCACGGGCUGUUGGCUGAGCCUCAGACCGCGGCUGAAGUUGCGGAUAUCUUCAUCAGACGGCUCGGUCGCUUUUUCGUAUAUGAAGAGUACGGGGCGAAACAUGGUCUUGUUGCAGCGGAAAUCCAUCUUGCGACGCAACCCAACACGCCAGGCAAAGCCUUUUGCCAGCGAGGCAUUGAAGCCCUUGCUUCAACUCUCGAACCGUCGAAGCAACCGUCCGCUUCGCUGAAAAGGGCUUCAACGCUAGACGACUUGUUGAUGAAGCCUGUCCAGCGGGUGACAAAAUAUCCACUACUGUUCGAUCAGCUCGCCAGGUCCACCACUGCGGCUGACUGCCCAAACUCGCACAUGGAAGUCGACACGGCGCUGUUCCGACUACAAGAGGCGACUCUAGCUUUGAACCGCAACACCAAUGACCCCAAUGUCCGGGCUGUUCUCGAGAAGACUUGGCUUUUGCAGGAUCGGCUGGUGUUUUCCGGCAGAAGAAUCGACGCCAUGACCAAGAAUCAAGUCCGUGGCUUUGGCAGAAUCCAAUUGUGCGGUGCCCUACACGUAAUCUGGUCAGCGGCCGACGGAGUCAAAGGCCGGUACGUAAUCUCGCUAUUGUAUAAAGACAUGCUGUGUCUCGCUUGGGCCGGCAAGGUAGACCAGAUCUACACAAUCAUGCUCUGCGUAAAUCUCGACGACGCUCGAGUCGAGACAACGACAAACGAUCAAGGCCUACAGUGUCAGACUGCGCCUUUUUCAUGGAAGUUAGUCUUUGAAUGCGGAUCUCAGCUUUAUGAAAUUAUCAUGACUGCCUGCUCCCAGGCAGAGGAAGAGAGCUGGCGAAGCCAUCUCACCCGCAUCAAACCUGAAGCCCCGCCCGCGCGACAUCAGGGCGCUUCGACAUCCUUGGAGUUGGAUAUCAAGAGCUUCGGUUCGGUGUUAGGGAAGGACAAUAAGACCGCAAGGCGAGAUUCCAUCAGCCGAGCGUGUACCGUCGGUGCCAGAAGGACAACGACUCCGGUUAUUCUUAGGAAUACCUGCGCCGCUGGAAAUGGCAGGAGUAUUUCCACCUCGAACGUGGCUAUCAACCGUUCUCAGUCGCUUCUGACCACCAAUUUCCGGCAGGUAAUUCUGGCGCCACCGGCAGCUGAGAGAAUCCGUCUGGAGUCGAUCCUCGCGGACGUUUGGACACGCGACACGCUUCCGUUUCCGGGAAUUACUGGCAGGGCUCGAAAUGAUCACCUGAUCCGAGCUACGUCGAUGAUGAGGAAGCUCAGCAUGGUCGGCAUCACAGAUCCAUUCAGCAAACGAUCCAUGAGCAUGAGUAUGAAGUCGGCCCAGCCAAUGAGGACAGACAAAGGCCAGAUACGCGAGGAGCCUCAUGAGCCCGGGAUCAGGGGGACGGCGAAUCAGCCUCUGAGACGGCCCAAAAACGAGGGCGAUGAUCUCGUUGUCAAACGCCCAAGGAUGCGAGAGGCUGCAACAUGUCCUGUGGUGCCAACAAAGCUCUUUGACGUGACUGUGCACAAGCCCGGGCGGCCAGACUUGGCUGAGGGUCUGCGGUUGCAAGGCUACAAUGAUGAAGGAGCCGAGGGCCCAGGCGAGGUUCUGCGGAAAUCAUCUACAAACAGUGUGCGCACUGUGUCUCAAGACAGGGCGACAAGCCAGACGACCGCACAGGGAGAGGAGAAUCAAGAGCCAAGCCCUGCGAAGCCAGAUGCCAAGAACCUCAAGAAUCAAAGUCGACGGGCUAGGCUGGCGUCUCCGAGGACAGAAAAGGCUGGUCUAUUGCGGCAUCUACUCCGCUGA